CAGAUCACCCUUAAGGACCAAGAAGAAGAAUACUUGUUUGAAUGUCGAUUUUUCUUCAAGUAUGACUCUUUCACCAAUAGCAAAUAUCACUUUUACUUGACGCAGCCUUUUCUCCUGAUUACGUUAUUUUAUACCUUUUCUUUCAAACACCAUUCAGGAUGUGGAUUCUGCCUCUUAUAGGAUAUCUAGGUGUGAUUGUCGGAUUUUCAUUCCUUACCCUAGCAAUUGCAUCUGGCCUCUACUAUUUGUCAGAACUUGUGGAAGAACAUACCAUGUUCGCUCGCCGACUUUUAACCCGCCUCAUAUACGGCAUUAUAGUCCUUCAGGUCUUACUAUGCGCCUUUGACCGGUUUCCGUUAUUUCUAUCCGUUCUUAGCAUCGUCUCCCACCUCGUCUAUGCCAGUAACCUUCGCCGUUUUCCCUUGGUUAAGCUGUCCGACCCUCUUUUCAUUCUCUCCUGCUUUCUGGUCGUUAUCAAUCAUUAUCUAUGGUUCCGAUACUUCUCUAGGCCACUGCCGUUAUUAAACAGCAGCCAGGGUAACUGGCGACAGCCAUACCAGUAUGAUGUGCAGGAUAUGCCAACUUUCACUGAAGUCGCGUCUUACUUCGGGUUAUGUGUGUGGCUGGUACCAUUUGCUCUUUUCGUCAGUUUAAGCGCGGGGGAUAAUGUGUUGCCCUCUAUGGGCUCAGAAUACACAACAAGCGAGCAUAUUGCUGCCACUAGCUUGGCUGGUAGUGCGGCUUCCGAUGGGAAAUUCAGGAAUAAAGGCAUGGCAAAGGCUGUUGUUGACGGUGUUAGGGAAUGGGUGAGCGAAAAUGGCGAGCUUAUAGGAUUCUGGAAGGGUGAGCGAUCUAAAAGAUUCUAGCAUCAAAUCUAUCUAUAUCGUUCAAUUACUUAAACAUUCAUCAUUCGUUGCUUCAGUUUUAUACGGAUUUAAGGAUGAGACAGACUAUUGGAGGCUUCAUAGCAACAGGUGAUUGAAGAACAAUAUAAAUUAGAAAGAUCAUGAAACUAAGGAAAAUAGGAAGACAGAUCGUAGAGAGGAGUUCCCUCAUAGUAAUCGGAAUAGGGUAUACCAAAUCAAACAGAAAUGUAAACUGCAAAAGGGCUCAAAUAGAUGAUAAGGUUCGUGGCAAGCGCUGCUUACACAUAUCCCUCCCAAGAGAAGAAAUUAUCAUUAGCAUUAAAAGAAUGGAUCCUCCUCAAAGGAUGUCCCUGAUAAAUGUGGUAGCCAAGCGCAUAAAGUAGUCAUUCCUCGUUAGAUGUUGCUCGUAUUUUAUGGCCGCAGAGCAAUCAUCGUAAGCCAGUUCUGACAACAUAUGAUUGAAAUAGAGAACGUGUAGUAAGAUCCGUCAUG